AUGUCAUCAUCUACUUCUUCUAAGCGUCGUUCCAUACAGGAAUUUCAACCAAAGGUUAGUAUUGAUGACCAAAUUGCAGCUAUUGACGAUUUAAUAGGAAAAUUGAAAGAAUCUGUCAAAAAUAAUUAUGAUAGCGAUAAUACGGCCUCCAUAGUCAAACUUAGUAACGACAUUAAAAUGGCAACCAUUGGUUUAUUACAAACAAAUUGGAAUUAUCUUCGAUCUGCUGCAAGACAAAAUGAUACUGAUGAAAUCGAAUCAUGCCAAAGCUUAUUCGAAGGUAGAAUGGAUUCAUUCCAACUAACAGCCACCAAUAUACAGAGUAGAGCUUUCAAUUAUCUUAAAAAGGCAUGCAAAUCGUUUGCAUUUCAACAAGAAGACAGUGAAUCAAUCGAAAUAUUGCUUAACACAUGCCAAGACCUCAUAUACUCUUAUCUUGAUCUAGCCGAUAAAUAUAUUAAUAGCGCCGAGAAAAUCCGACAGAAAUCUUUAGUCAGAAAACUUAAAGAAGCUAAAUACAAUUUUGCAGAGAAAAUGAACAAGUCUGUAAUUAAAUCUCUCAUUAGCGUCUUCAAUUUCUGUACGGAAACUUAUUCUCAGCCAAUGGAAGAAGAACAAUCGAAAAUACUUGACGAAAUAGUCUCCAAAUUUACGGUCUACUUUUUCGACCAAUCCUGCCAAUUACGGAAGUCUUAUGACUUACUUUCGGCUUAUUAUCCUUUACAACACGUUUAUACGGGAAAUAAGACUGAUAAUGAAGAGAUGAUCGAGAAAUAUCAUGGCAAACGUGAAGACAUGUUCAACCAGCUCCUGGAAUUGAUAAAAGUCCAAAUUGAAUCAUUUGACAAUUUUAUUGGCCAAAUACAGCCUACAGAAAAUGUAGAAGAGGACGAAGAGGAUGAGGAAGAUAGCGAAGAGAAGAAAGAAGCAAAUGCUAAGAGAUUAGUCUUCGAAUUCCAAACAAAUACAAAUAAUAGCUUUUUCAUGGUAAUUUACACUGAAUUAAAGGAUCUGAUGCUUCUUACAUCUCAGGCAUCGGAGAACGAACAAGUUUACCAAGCAUCUGAAAAUCUUAUGAAAUUAUUCAGAGAUAUUCAACAGACAAAGGCAGAUUUCCCAACUUACGAGCAAUAUAUCGACUUCUAUACUACAUCUAUCAAGGCAAAUGAUACUGCCACCGCUACAGAUCUCGAACAAGAUUUAUUAGACACAUUAGACAAGAAAUUCGAUGACCUUGUAUCAUGCCUUGAUAACGAGAAGAAUCUUCCUGAUGUAAUUCGCGAGAAAGUAGCCCAAGAAUCUGGAGAUCAAGAGAUAGAUAAUCAAAAAGUUGCCGCAGAGAUCUCCGAGAACUCUCUAAAGCUUCGCCAAGCAAUCUCCUACACUACCAGAGAACUUAUCAACACUCUGUCCGCAGCUUCAAAGGUUUUCUUCACUAAAUACCAGCCACAGGGAAACGAGGAAAAAGAAAACGAUGAAGAAAAAAGUGACAACCAAGAAGAGGAAGAACAAGAAGAGCAAAUAAAUCAUUUUUCGGAUUUCCUUGAUUACUUAAAUGAAUUAAUGCAUAACCAUUUAAAGGAUAUGAGGCUUCUUGAGACAGAAUUAGAAGAUGAUAGUAAAAAGCUGACUGGAAAGACAAACAGAAGGACAGAUGAUAGCAGAUCGAGUUUCUCAAGAGCAACAGCUACAGAAGAAUGUCGUUCUGUUGCUAGAUCUUCUAAAUCCAAGAUUUCAAAAUCCGAUGAGUCGAAUCCAGCAGUAAAGGAUGCAAUCAGAAGGCAUGUCGAGGAAAGUGUUGUUGGAACAACCUCUGAUUUGAUCGAAAUUCUUAGAAUUAAGGUCAUAGAAUCAGUUAGAGUAUAUGAUUUCAAAAAAGCUCUUGAAUAUUCUCAAGAAUUACCAUCUCUUGUUGCCCAGAAUGGUAAAAUACUUAGCGAAAUGAGAAGAAAAGCAGCUUUGGAGGUAAAUAUCCAACGAGUCAAAGAAAUUGACCAAAUGAUUCAAGGAAACGAUAUCGACCAACGUGCUGAAAUAGUCACAUGCAUCGAUCAAGCAUUCCAAGACGUUAUUGACCAAGUUUUGACAAAUUAUGAAUCGAAGAAGCACGAAUUCAUCGAUAAGAAGGACCAAUCCUUGGUAGAACAUUACAAAUCCGUUGAGAUGAGCUUCAAUACCAAGAUGAACACCGUCCAUAUCAAAGAAUUAACGAAUCUCGAAAAGAAAUACAUAAUUGAGAAGGAACAACUCAAGAACAAGGUAUUUCCAGAGGUAGAAUCCCUUAAGCAGAUGGCCGCUAAGCUAACACAACAAGGUGAAUACGAUCAAGCCCAAAUUAAAGUAAAUGAAAUGAUGAAAAUGAAGAAAAAGCUUCUUAAGCAGAACGAAUACGAGAUUGACAGGAAGCACAACCAAAGAGUUAAGAAGUUAGAAGAGAAACAAUGCCAGGAACUCAAAGUUCUCGAAGAAGAAAGUGAAAGAGAGUUAGAAAGAAUAAACAACGAGUUUGAAGAGAAUAUAAGAGUUCUCAAACUAACUCUCAAGUCUACAAUCAAAGCUUCUGUAUCAGACUACGCUCUGACGGCCCUCAAAUUGAUGGCAACAAACAACACAACGAAAGAAUCUCCUUCUAAAAUUUCUGCGAAAUCUUUGAGUGAUAAAUCACCGACAAAGGACUCGCAGUCCAGAAAACAGAUGAUAAUGAGAUUGGAAAAUAUUGCAAAGGAUGUCAUUAAGCAAUACCAAGCAAAUGGUUCUGAUAACCUCGAAGAUCUUUAA